AUGGAUUGCAUUACCAGCCGUCGAUUGGGUGCUCUUGUGUUUGCCAUCAUUCCUGGAUUCUUGGAAAUCACGUCUGCUGCCCCCACUUCAUUUCCAUCUGCAUCUACUACGGUAGCAUCGUCGUCGACAACCGGAUUGCCCACUACCGCCGCGUAUUUUGUCGACGGAACUACCACAAGCUUCGCGCAUACGACACUCACGGCUACUGGUACGAAUGAGGGCGUGAUUAUUGUAAAAGAAACAGGCGUUGCAUAUGUCUCGGAUUGUACUUUGAUCAAGGCUGGAAACACAACAGCCGAGGAAGAUAGCUCAUUCACAGACUUGAAUGCUGCCGUUGGGAUAGAGACAGAUGGCACUAUAUACAUCACCAACAGCAAGAUCAUCACCAAUGGAAUUGGCGCAAAUGGACUUCAUACGUAUGAGGAUGGAACAACAGCCUAUCUUUCCAAAGUCCAAAUCCACGCCGAAGGGGAUUACUCUCAUGGAAUAUACACAGGCGGAGGUACUAUUUACGGAACCGACCUCACUGUCAACACAUUUGAUGACCAUGGAAGUGCCAUUGCCACUGAUCAGGGUGGAGGCUUGAUUGUAGUCAAGGAUACCGUUGCCAACACAUACGGGGCUUUGUCUGCUCUUGUUUACUCGACUGGAAACAUUACCGCAACCUCCUUGUCCGGUGUAUCUGACAUUGCCCCUGUCGCCUGCAUCGAUGGAUCCAAUUCAUUUACUCUACACAAUCCAUCUGUUGCAUCCGGCACUCAGAAUAACGGGGUAUUCCAGGUUGUGAGCACGGUGGCAAGCAACGGCACGAUUGACACAGCCUACGCAUAUGUCACAGGUGGUUCUGUUGCGGAGACGAAUGGCACAUACAGUGUUCUGUUUGUGGCAAAUAUUCAAGCGUAUGUCUACUUCACGGCCGUGGACAUCACUACGAAAUCAGGUAUAUUGGCGAAUAUCACUGCGGACAACGAUUUUGGAACCUCUGGCGUUAAUGGAGGGACUGUCGACUUGUUCCUGACUGAUUUGAACAUCUCCGGUGAUAUCUUCGUCGAUGAUAUAAGUGUGGCCAAUAUAUACUUGGUUGGAUCGCAUUGGAGUGGAGCUAUCAAUCCCUUGAACUCCACGGGAACUGUUUUUGUCUCUGUGGAUGCGGAUAGCACGUGGACUCUGACUGGUGACUCCAACGUGGAUACGAUUGAUAUGAAAGGCAAGGGCUCGAAUGUUCACCGCGGCCAGUAUGAUCUGAAUUACGGUCGCAAGACGAGAGGCUGA